AUGUCGUAUGAUGACGCCUUCUGCAACAACGUCAUCAUGUGGGGAGACUUCAUGCGGCCAGGCCUGGACCUCUCAGAGCGGCAGUACGAGGAGGUGACCGACCAGGCGCGCCUGCACAAGGUGCUGGAGGGCUGCCUGGACGACUACAACACCAGCAGCUCAGGCACCAUGAGCCUGGUGUUCUUCCAGGAGGCGGUGCACCACAUCUCCCGCAUAUCCCGCAUCCUGCGGCUGCCGCGUGGCAACGCCCUGCUGGUCGGCGUGGGCGGCAGCGGCAAGCAGAGCCUCACACGCUUUGCAGCGCACAUGGGUGGCUUUAGCCUCUUCCAAAUUGAGUUGACCCGUGGCUACGGCCAGGCUGAGUUCAGAGAAGACCUCAAGAAGGCGGGCGUGGAGGGCAAGCCCGUCGUGUUCUUGCUGCCUGACAGCAAGAUCGUGUCUGAGGGUUUCCUUGAGGACGUCAACAACAUGCUCAACAGCGGGGAGGUCCCUGGAAUGUUUGGAGCUGACGAGAAGGACGCCAUUGUCUCGGAUGUCAGGGAUUGGGUGGCGGCGCGCGGCCUCAACGCCGGCCGCGAGGGCUGCUGGACUGCGUUUAUCGACCGUGUGCGCGACAACCUGCACAUCGUCCUUGCAAUGAGCCCCGUUGGGGACGCCUUCAGGGCAAGGUGCCGAGAGUUCCCCUCCUUGAUCAACUGCACCACCAUCGACUGGUUCAACGCUUGGCCGGCCGAGGCGCUGGCGUCGGUGUCUGCAAAGUUCCUGGACGGCACCGACCUCGGGGGCCCUGAGGUCAGCAAGGCCCUUGCCGGCAUGUGCGUGGAGCUGCACACUAGCGUCGAGGAAGCUUCUACCCGGUUCUACGCGCAACUGCGCCGCAGGUUCUACACCACCCCCAAAAGCUACCUCGACAUGAUCUCGCUGUACCUCCAGCUGCUGGCAGUCAAGAGGGAGGAGCUACGGCAGGCACGCGACCGUCUGCUCAACGGCCUGCGCAAGCUGCAGGAGACGAACUCUCUGGUGGAGGCCAUGCGGACAGAGCUGGCCGCCCUGCAGCCCGUCCUCGCCGCAAAGGCGGAGGCGACGGCGGAGCUGCUGGGGCGCGUGGACAGGGACCAGGCAGAGGCGGAGAAGGUCAAGGCGGUGGUGGAAUUCGAGGAGGCGGACGUGAAGCGCAUGCAGCAGGCGACUCAGGCCAUGGCGGAUGAGGCCCAAGCUGACCUGGACGAGGCCCUGCCCGCCCUGGAGGCCGCGCUUGACAGCUUAAAGGCGCUCAACAAGGCAAGACCGCGCCCGAAUGAUAUUGUGGAGAUCAAGUCGUUCCCCAAGCCCCCGCCGCUGGUCCAGAUGACCCUGGAGGCGGUCUGCAUCCUCAAGCAGGAGAAGCCUGACUGGGACACAGCCAAGCGUAUCCUGGGUGAGGGCAACUUCAUGCGGUCCCUUGAGGAGUUUGACAAGGACAGCAUCCCCGAUGGCGUCAUCAAGAAGCUGCGGCGCUACAUCGAUGACCCCACGUACACACCCGAGAGCGUGGCCAAGCAGAGCAAGGCGGCCAUGAGUCUCUGCAUGUGGACACGUGCGAUGGACGUGUACAACAGGGUGGCCAAGGUGGUGGAGCCAAAGAGGCAGAAGCUGCGGCAGGCGCAGGAGCAGCUCGCGUCCGCCAACGCCGCCCUCGCCGCAAAGCAGGCCGCGCUGCGCGAGGUGGUGGAGCGCGUGGAGGGGCUGCGGCGCCAGCUGGCGGAGACGCAGGCCGAGCAGAAGCACCUCAAUGAGCAGGCAUGGCCGGAGAAGGCCGACCUGACGCGCAAGCGGCUGGAGCGCGCCGGCAAGCUGACAUCCGGGCUGGCUGACGAGGGCGUCCGCUGGGGGGCCACGGCGGCUGCGAUCGAGGAGUCCGCGCGGCUGCUAGUGGGGGACGUGUUCCUGGCGGCAGGCUGCAUCGCAUACCUGGGGGCCUUCACGGGCGCCUUCAGGGAAGACCUGAUGCGGCGCUGGGUGGAGGGCUGCCAGGCGCGCGGCAUCCCCGUCAGCGGCGACUGCACGCUGCGCGGCACGCUGGCCUCGGCUGUCGAGGUCCGAGAAUGGGUGCUGGCAGGCCUGCCGUCCGACGGCGUGAGCGUCGACAAUGCCAUCCUGGCCACCAGGGCCAAGCGGUGGCCCCUGAUGAUUGACCCACAGGGCCAGGCGAACGGCUGGGUGCGCGCCCUAGAGGCGCGCAGCGGGCUGCGGGUGGUGAAGCCAGGAGACGCCAACUUCCUGCGCUCCUUGGAGAGCUGCAUCCGAGUCGGCAACCCUGUACUGAUAGAGGACGUGGGGGAGAGCCUAGACCCUGCCCUGGAGCCUGUGCUGGCGCGCGCCGUGUUCAAGCAGGGCGGGCGGAUGAUGAUACGGCUGGGGGAUGCUGACGUGGACUACGAUGCUGGAUUCAGGCUGUACCUGACCACCAAGCUGGCCAACCCCCACUACCUGCCGGAGGUCUGCAUCAAGGUCACCCUCAUAAACUUCACAGUCACCAUGAAGGUGAUGACCGGUGGCUCUGGUGACGCGGCAUUCACCGGGUCAACUUAA